AUGUUGAAAUCUCUCAUUCAUAUGUGUUUAGUAACCGUCGCAUGGGGCGGUAAAAUUCCUCUAGAGCAUGGCAAAGCUGAUUUUAUCGUUGGGGGUAACGACACUGAUAUUUCUGAUGUACCUUAUCAAGUAGCUGUAUUUAGCAAAGGUGUAUUCACCUGUGGUGGUUCGAUUGUAUCCCCUGACGUCAUCGUAACUGCUGCUCAUUGUUUACAUUGGACUGAAUUUGAAGAUGUUAUUGUACGAGCUGGUUCCUCAAAUUCGAGAUCUGGUGGUAUAACGGUUGGAGUUAAAACAUGUGAAAGUCAUCCGAAAUACAACAGGACGACGGUUGAUUUUGACAUAGCCGUUUGCCGUUUGAAAACCCCAUUAAAAUUCAAUUCGAAAAUCCGUUCGGUUCCACUUGCAAGAAUCGAACCCGAACAUAACGAAGUUGCCAAAUCGAGCGGUUGGGGAUUACUCAGGGAACAAGGACACAUGGCUAAAACUCUUCAAUCUGUUCUCCUUCCGGUCGUAGAACGUGAUAUUUGCAAUAAAUUAUUACCGUCUUAUGAUAUUACCAAAAGAAUGAUUUGUGCCGGAGUCGAAGGAAAGGAUACCUGUCAAGGUGACAGUGGGGGUCCAUUGGUUGUCGAUGGUACUCUUGCGGGUGUUGUUUCAUUCGGAACCGGAUGUGCACGUAAAGACAAACCAGGAGUUUAUACGAAUGUUGCUGAUCUCGAAGUUUCUUCUUUCAUUAAAAAUUUCAUUUCUUCUUCUUCUUCUUAA